AUGUUCUUGAAGGUGAACUGGACGACCCUCUGGUCUUUGCUCUGGAGGGUCGUGGUUGAAGUUUCUGUCAGAUUUGAACGGCGUGGUGGUUUUGGAGGCUUUGAGGACGAGCUUCCGCCGUCGAUUUGUUCAAGGAGGUGGGUUUUCAGCUGCAAUGUUCUCGUCAGGGCAGAGACGGUGUGGUCUCCGGUAAACCGGAGAGUGGCUCAUUCCAUCCUCUCUCUCUUUUCUUUCUCGCCGGUGGCUGUUGUUGGGCGGUGGUCGAACGCAACUGUGGAUUAUCUUCUCAGUUUUGGCCUUCCGUGUGGCCCCUUUCAACUUCUUCUGUUCUCGCUAGCGCGCAGAACGAAGCUUCGGAAGUUUGGCCGCGCGCGGAGGAGUUCCCGACGUCCAAAAGUUACGAUCUUGAUAUGGAAAGAUAGAUACUUGAGUCAUGCAUCACGUCGAAGUGGAAUGAAGCCAUUUGGAUCAACUAUGAGGCCUAGACUUAUUUUCUACCGAGACAUGUCCGGUAAGCGAGUAAACGAAGCCCAUGGAGGAUUUGGAGUGUCUAAUGGCCCGAGCAGCAGCGCCAAAGGCCUUGAUCGAAUAGAGAAGAGGCCUGGCUAA